CACACGCGCACACCCCGCCGCUAUAUAAGACGCGACUCCUCCUGCCGAAGCCCGCUUCAUUGCAGCACAGCGCGCACAGGAACCUGCCGCAUGCCCCUGGGUGGCAGGGCUGACAGUCUGCGGAUACUGACCACCGGCAGCUCAGAUCGGCUGCUCUACGAUCUCAGGCAGACAGCUGCUACAGCAGCAGCAGCAAGUCACUCAAAUCUACAAAACAAGAUUAUACUCUUUUCGCCGGUCGAACCAACGGGCCCCGCUGCCCCUUGGGUUGUUCGUUGACUGCUUGUGCAAUUAUUUAGUGUUUGCCGUGUUGCUUUGGUUCGGAGUUGACUUGUAGCCGCUGGCUGCGACAAAGGCGGGCUCAGUGCGUGCGGCUCCCAGCGAGCGGCACAGCACAAAGUGAAAGUUGCUGGCGCGCUGCUGUUCGCUGCUGUUCGCUCGUGUUGGUUGCUGGUGGUUCACGUUGGUGGUUCGGCGCAGGGAGGACGAGGAUGAAGAUGCUCGCGAUGCGUCUCAAUAUGUGCGCUGUCGCCUGUGCCCUGCUCGUGUUCGUCUCAGUGCUGUGCAGCGUCGGCGCGAGCCACCAGCAGCAGCAGCAGCCGCGGCAGCAGCAGCAGCAGCAGGACUGGGUGGAGUGCUCGGCGGCGCUGCGGCUGUGCAAGGCGGAGGCGGCGUGCAACCAGUCGUUCCGCAGCCUGGACGCGUGCGUGCACGGCUCCCCGGGGCGCGCGGGCGCCGACUGCAUGGACGCGCUCAUGGCGCUGCAGUCGCAGCCCAUCUACGGCUGCAAGUGCAAGCGCGCGGAGAAGAACGAGCAGCGCUGCCUCAAGAUUUACUGGACCAUGCACAGCAGCUUCGAGCAAGAUGACGACAUGCAGGAUACGCCUUACAUCCCUCUUCAAUUGGAGGGCGAGACGGGCGUGACGGCCGACGAUCGGAUGGACUGCGUGAUGGCCACGUCGGAAUGCAACAAGAACGCCUCGUGCCAGUCGCACCGCACCGAGUUCUUCAUGAAGUGCAUGCAGCCCUCGGAGAAUCCGUGCGACCGCGAGGCGUGCCACGUCGCGCUGCGGCGCUUCUACGACAACGUGGCGGUGGUGCGAAGCCGCAGCCUGCUCUUCUGCACCUGCAGCACGGAGAACUGCGAGGACCGCCGCCGCCUCACCAUCAUGCCCGAGUGCUCCUACAAGCAGAAGGAGCGCCCCAAUUGCCUCAACCUCCGUGCCAAAUGCCUCCACGACCGCGUGUGCAGAUCCCGGUUGGAUGACUUCCGGAUGAACUGUGCUCCAGUGAGCUACUGCAGUGCUGGCUGCGAGUCAGAGAACUACAAACGAUGCCUCUACGCCUACACUGGCCUCAUCGGCACGGUCAUGACGCCCAACUACAUCAACACCAGCCUGGCGGUGUCGCCGUGGUGCACGUGCGACGGCAGUGGCAACAAGCUGGACGAGUGCCAGUACCUGCUGGGCCUCUUCACGGACAACCCCUGCCUGAAAAGCGCCAUCUAUCUGUUCACUGCAAGAAAGGACCAAGGCGUGAUGGGCAACCACAACUGUGCAACACCAAACCCGCCCAACACCGAACACAUCGCGGCCAUCAACGAGAACGAGACCUCGACAGCGGCCAAGGUGGUGGUCAUUACCUCCGUCUAUAAUGACACACAACAGGGCUCAACCAAGAUCCUGCAGUCGGUUGCAGGGAGAGAUGCGAAGCUGAAGGGUAACGAUGAUAAUGGAGGUCACAGGCCUCAGCAGUUUGCAGCAAUUCUCAUCACCCUGUGUCACCUCAUGGCGACCACCAUCUGUCUGUCGCCCUGAAGACGACCACGACCCAUGCGUAGAGCACAUGAGCAGAUGAAUGCGUGUCAGACGAAAGGAUGAAGCUGUAUGAAACGUACCCAUUGCUGGCCAAAUACAUCGUUUGCCGUUUUUAAUAAUGCACACAGCAGAGAUUUUGGCCGUAAUUGUAAUCGCACAGAUUUCAGUUUUACGUCGAAUUGCAGCCCCUUUGAGUUCAUGUUCACGAGAAGCGAGACACAGUUCAAGUAUUCAAAAACUUUAGCUUCAGAUAAACCUGGAAUUAUAUUGUUUACAUGCAUAGCACGGUUGGUAAGUAAUUUAUAUUGCAUAAAUUGUACAACCUGAACUCACUUUUUGCUUCUGACAUAAAAACAAAUUGAUGUUUGGCCAAAUUCCCCAUUACAGGGAAACCCUAACAGUUAUAGUUCUUCAUAUCAAUACCAAAUAAGAUGCGGGCAUAUCUAAUUGUUCUUCAGCAAUGAGUCGCUCAUUACACAGAGCUCCUCGCUGCAAUGUUUUAUUGAAGGUUGAAAAACCUCAGUAUCGUUAUACAUUAUUGAUUCCUUAAUGCAAAAUGUAGAUCAAUGCCACAAAGCAGCCCUCUCAGAUUGCAGACAGUAUUUUCCGCAUAUACAAAGUUUUCAUUCGCUCGCAUUCUGUACAUACACGGGUAUUAUUUUGCUGUACAUACAUAUAAACACACGGUUCUAUGUGGCGAGAGUGCACACGAGUGAAUAGCAUUUAGAGAUUGUUCAGAAUUUGACAUGGGAUAAAAUGUAAUUAAAUUGCAAAAAAAACUCAAAAUAGCACUUGUGCAUAAUUGGUCCCAGCAGCUAUUUCACAAUGAGGUGUUACAUUUUUUUGAUGGUCUGGAUUUUAUUUUUGCAUCGGUUAAUUAAACGAAGCCAGCGACCUCCACUUGUCCUACUUUAAUGCCACUGCUGGGAGGUCUAAACCAUUCGUGCGAGGCAUCUACAUUGAAAUACUGUUUAUCCAUUACAAUUACAGGACCUCUUUCACUAUUGGAAUAAGUCACCCUGCUAUAACUGGUCCACUGAGUCUUUAGCAUAACGGUGCACUACAUCACAACACUACAGCGGGAGUAAUGCGGUCAUGAAGCGCGUGCCAACCACAGUCUAAUAGAAGAUCUGGACGUUGUAGGAAGCAUGCUUGCUCGUGUUCUUUUGGCUCACACAUGGCAAUAAUGCAUUCGACAAUUUAAAUCUCCAUCUUUUGCUUAUUUUAAGAUAUUGGUCCUGUAGUGUGACACUGUUUAAUGCAGAGGGUGGGGGCAUACAUAAACUUAGGGGGACACAGCACUGACAAUGUCAAUCAUUAAAUGUUAGACGCGGAACAGAAUGAGGAAUGAUAUGGGACCCGCUUUUGCCUAUUGUGCGUUCUGCUGCUGCAGCUCUCACUCCCUUUGUGAAUACUGGGCUGACAUUUGAUUUACUUGACUCAAAGAAUUUAGAAGGGGGGGCUUGGCUUUCAUUAUUUCAGCAGUGGGGGGGGGGGGGUGACAUCCCCUCCAACCUCCCUUCCCAAGGCAGUGGAGCGCCAGCGAUUAGACGGUUGGCUACGACGAUGCGAAAGAAGUUCAGCGUGCAUGCAUGCAACAUUAUUUUAGCCGAACUGCAUUUUUUUUAAAGUAGCUCGUGUUCUUUGGAUCAAUAGGACUUGUUUGUAGUUAUCUGCAACAUGCUCGGGCUAUUGUAGGACUCGUUUUAUGUUGUUAUUCUAUCUGAUUAUUUUGUAUAUUUUUUAUAACCAUAAAUCUGGAAUUAUGCACUUAUUUAAUGAGUAAAACAAGUUAGAAUAGGUAUAAAUCAAAGCGAUAAACAUUAGUAACAUGUUUAAAUAUUUUCCAAUGAAAAAUACUCUUGGGGGUUGUCAUGUAACUAAAUCAUACGUAUACAGUUUAACAACUUUAAGAAAACCAAGCUUUAACGUCCUGUGCUCUUUAGCUCUGAUAGCUGUCUUGUCGCGUUGCACUGAUCGUUGUGCGUCGCGGUGUGCAACGUUUCACUCUACGUGCUGACAGCUUCUUCCCGGUCACUUUAAGCGAAAUCUCGGACAUCGCUUUGAAUUCAGUUCUUGAAGAACCAUCCCAGCACGCGGAGACAAACGUGGGACAUUGUUGCCGAACGCGACGCGACAACAAGGCCCCAAAUACUCACCGGAGACGUUUUUAGAAUGCUUGAGACGCAAUGGAGGAUUGCACUGCCACGGACCACAGACGAAACAUGCUUGGGGACGACUGGCAUAAUAAGCACGCGAUCGACGAUCCACGAUUCGACCGAGGGAUGCCCUAGAAGCGUGGAACCUUGGCAGCUGCCACGGCAGAGAGGGAACGACCACCGCAUCCAGGGAUGAAGAGUGGGGCUGGGAGCCCUGGCAGUACAGCGAGCGGAGCACUGCCGAUGGACUGAUGAUGUUGCUCUGUCCCAUGAAUUUCGUUACGCGGUACGAACAACGGCUAUCCAGGGUGAUCCGUUGAUAGAUACCCCGCUGAUUUCUCGUGACCCUCGGUAGACGACUGAAUAUUGUGAAAGUGGCGGCGAUAUUAUUCCGGAAAAAAGUGCAUCAGCAGAGUGUUCAAAUAAUGUACUCGGUGUUGCAAGAUUGGUGCGCGGUAUGCAGAGGCUUUGAAAUUCAGUAAUGUAGUUUUUGCUAUAAUUGCUAGUAUUUGAAUAGGGGUAUCUAUAAACGGAUCGCUCGAUGGAUGUUAUAUGCUUGAAAUGUGGGACACGUAAUCCCACUCUGGUGGUGGUACCCUUGGGUGUUGUGUUGGUGUGUCCAGUGUGGUUGCACAGUCUAAAAUUUAUUUUGAAUGAUUUUUUUCUUCUACAAUAACAUUUGAAAACAUAAUAACCGCGUAGUAGUAAUACAACUGGAUGGGCCUACAGUACUCCUUAUAUUAGAACGGCUCGGCAGGGUGCGUUUGAGUCGAAUCGGUGUCAAGUCAGUGUAGACAAUGUGGGUUUGAAUCAUGCUGAUGCUGUGAUAUUUCCGUAUAAAGCUUUUAAAUCCCGCACUCAGCAUUGGCAUGCCACACAAUGUCUAUUUUCGUCGUUACAAAAUCCUAGGAUCCUCCCAUGUCAUCCAACAAAAAUGUACCCUCAUCCUCCACACUGUUUGGAAUUACAUAAAAAUACAGGAAAGCGUAGAGGAGGCAUUUACAUUGCACCUCAUCCCGGAGCUUGACAACACCCGUUUUUGUAAAUUGAACUCAAAAGAGGUGUCCUCGACGCUACAUCGUGGGUACGAACAUUAGCACACGCCACGUGUACCACAAAUAGCAGUGGGGUCCACAUUACACCGUGGCUUAUGCAGGUAUUUAUAAAUAUGGCAGUGCCAUGCAGUUACCGCUGCCAGCAGAUCAAGGCUAAUUGUGUGGAUAAUUUUAGUGGGGUAUGGGGAGCAGGUGGAGGAAGGAACAGGGUUGGGGUUGGGGAGAUUUAAAAAAAAAAUCUCCCCUGUGGCUAGACCACUGUUAAUAUGCCACAGUAAUGCACUGACACUCGCAAGUUGAAGCUGCUGUUAUCAAACAAUUAACAUUAGUCUCCUUGGUUACCUUAUGUACAGGUGCAUGUUACGAAUCCGACACAUUGUAGUGAGUAAUUGCAUUUGUUUUAAAUGUAGCCCCUACUGCGUCAUCCAUAUACAAAUGUCAAUUUUUAUUACAGUACAGUGAAUGACAUCGUUGUGUAGUGUAACGCAUGGUAUACAGUACAGUACUUGUAUAUGGCAAUACUUAUCGGUUUCUCGUUGUUAGUUAUAUUUAAUUACAACAUACGCUAUUUUAUUAUUAAAGGCCUCUCGAUUAAAAUGUUUCACGAAUAAACCGCGUGGAGACGUGUA